UUUAGUUUUACAUAUAAAAAUACAUCGACGCAUAGUUGUGGAUCUGAACAUAAAUAUGAGAAGAGAAUAGAAGAGAGAGAAAGAGAGAGAAUCAUGGAAAGGGAAAAGAAGAGGAAAAGAGCGGAGAAGGCCGAUGAUGAAAUGAAGAUUAACGCAAGAGAGCCGGUGGAGGAGGAGGUCGCCGCUGCUGAGACUUCUCCGCCGCCGACGGAGGAAGAGGUGGACGAAUUCUUCGCCAUACUGAGAAGAAUGCGAGUCGCCGUCAAAUACUUUCAGAAGGAAGCUUCUAACAAUAGUAAAAGCGGUGGCAGCGAACCGCAGAGUUCGACGGCGCCGGCAGACGGCGGUAAAAAGAGUGUGGUGGCGAAACUUGGAUUGGAUCUCAACGCCGCGCCGGAGGCGGAAGGUAGUUUAAUUUAGUCUGAAGAAGACUUGUCUAAUUAUUAUCGAAGCUUAAUAAUUUUGUACAGCCUGACUAUCGAUGUGUGGCUUCACAAUAUUUACGCCUUUCUUUUUUUGUUUUUUAUCGGAAACUGUGUUAAUGACAUUUUUUUUUAAAAUUCGCUAUCUAGCUAAGAGAUUUUGUCUUCCUUGAAA